CCUCGUCCUCCUCCUGCUGCUGCUGCUCCUACUGCUGCCCUUACUACUACUGCUGCCCUUACUGCUGCUACUGCUGCUGCUCCUUCUACUGCUCCUGUUGCUGCUCCUACUGCUGCUGCUACUGCUGCUGCUGCAGCUUCUACUGCUCCUACUGCACCUACUGUGUCCACACACCGCCUGCUGCUGCUGCUCCUACUGCUGCUACUGCUUCUACUGCUCCUACUGCACCUACUGCGUCCACACACCGCCUGCUUCUCCUGCUGCUGCUGCACGCAGCCUGCACAACUUCGAGUCCCGUGCCGGGUCAGCUUGGCACACUCCCCGUCAUGAUGAGCUCUCGGAAGGCGGCCGCAUUACUCCUCGUUCUCGCCCUCCUCUCGGCGCACGUGUGCGCGCGCGCCUACCCGGCCAGGCUAUCGGGGGUCCCCAUGGGGGUCCCCAUGGGGGUCCCCCAGGGGGUCCCCGUGGGGGUGUCCCAGGGGGUGUCCCAGGGGGUCUUUGUGGGACUGCCGGAGCGAGGCGAACUCGGGGCUCGCGUGCUCAUUGGAGCCAUCGUCAGGGAGCUGCUGGGCCUGGAGCCGGCAGGGAUGGAGCCGCAAGUGGAGGAGCAGCCUGGAGCCAGGCUGCCCAGCACCCCCACGCUGGACAAGCGCGAGUGCAAGGCCUCCACGUGCGCCAUCCAGCGGCUCGUGUCCAUGAUGAGUCGCAGCCGAGCCAGCGGAGACUCCCCACGCACCGACGUGGGAUCGGCCACCUACGGGAAGAGGCGGCGACGCGCGGCGUGA